CAGAGAUACACUGGCAGUUGAACUGAUUUUCCAGGGGCAGCAUGGACAUCAAGGAGUAUUUCGCCAGAAUCUCUUACCAGGGCUCCUACGAUAAGCCGGACCUGGCUACCUUGACGGAUAUAUUCCAGCACCACAUCCGAGCGGUCCCUUUUGAAAACCUCAGCAUCCACUGUGGGGAAAGCAUUGAGCUGGACGUGGAAGCGACUUACAACAAGAUAGUGAGGAAGAAACGUGGGGGCUGGUGCAUGGAAAACAACCAUCUUUUAUCCUGGGUCCUGAAAACCCUCGGCUACGACGUCACCCUUCUGGGAUCAAAAGUUUAUGUCCCUGAGUAUGAUGCGUAUGCAGAUGAAAUCGAUCAUCUGCUGCUAAAAGUGGAGCUUGACGACAAAUCCUACAUUGUGGACGCCGGGUUUGGGUUGGCCUACCAGAUGUGGCAGCCAAUGGAGCUGAUUUCGGGGACAGACCAGCCACAGACUCCUGGGGUCUUUCGCUUCCUGGAGGAGAGUGGGGUCUGGUACCUCGAGAAGGUGAAAAGGAAGCAGUGGGUUCCCAACCAAAGCAUCUCCGCUUCCCAUAACGUGGAAGAAGAAGUUUGCCGUCGAGUUUAUCUCUUUACCCUUCAGCCACGAGACAUUGAAGAGUUCAGACCCCGCAAUGCCCACCUGCAGACAGCGCCAGACUCACUGUUUGUGACAAAGUCUAUCUGCAGCCUGCAGACCGCCGAUGGCAUCCGGGCUCUGGUGGGGUGGAAACUCACUGAGAUAAAGUACAAUUAUAAGGAUAAUAUGGAUCUGGUGGAAAUCAGAAUCCUUGCAGACGAAGAAAUGGAGAAAACACUGAAAGAGAAAUUCAAUAUAACACUAGACAAGAAAUUUGUACCCAUCAAUACAAGCAGGUUGUGUCUGUUUUAACUCACUGCCUGAAUUAUAAUUCAAUCCAGUGGCAUUACAUGCAAUCCUUCCCCCUAUUUCUGACAAGCAUCUAAAGGUUAAGCUUUCUUUUUCCAUCUACACCAGUAUA